UCUGAAAAACAGAUGAUAUUAUAUCUACUCUGUCUUUUCCAAGGUUUAUCAUAUUACACCUCGGUUGGUUCAGACUUUUUACUGUUGGCAGCAAUGGCAUAUGACAGGUAUGUGUCUAUAUAUAAAUCCCUGCAAUAUCCAGUUACUAUGAAUAGAAUAACUAUAUAUGUAUGUCUUAUUUUAGCUUGGCGUAUACCUGCUUUUGAAACCUCAGUGAUGGGUGUGUUGUAUUCAAAUGUCAAACUCUGUAGCUUUUCUCUGACAGGAAUUUUUUGUAACAAUUCACUUUACAAGCUUCAGUGUGUGCCCUCGGUCGCAAUAUCUAUAUAUGGUAUGGUCAUGUUGAUAAACAUUGCCCUUCUACCUUUGCUUUUCAUACCUUUUACAUACAUCAAUAUUCUUAGAACAUCUUACCAUUGUUGUAGAGAAGUGAGGAAAAAAGCUGUAAAGACAUGUUUACCCCACCUGCUGGUGUUAAUCAACUUUUCAUGUUUUAUUUUCCUUGAUAUAAUUAUAGUUCGACUGGAUUCUGAUCUAUCCAAAACUCUUCGUUGGACAUUGACGUUUCAAUCAAUUUUAUUCCAUCCUCUUUUAAAUCCAAUCAUAUAUGGACUUAAAAUGAAUGAAAUUUUUAAACAUAUCAAAAUAUUGUUAUCAAGUUUAAUAACACUG